CUCGCGAUAUCUCUUCCCGGAAGUAGAGCACCUGUCUUACCGGAAGCGGAAGUGUGCGGGCCCGUGGGUGGCUGUGAGGGCCGUUACGCGUGGGCCGACAUGCUGCUGCGGCUGCUGCUGCUGCUGCUGCUCUUGGUGUUCUGCGCCGCCGCCCAGGCUGAGGCUGAGGGGCAGAAACCAGAGCAAAGAGGGUCCAACAGAGCUUCAGGAGGCGCUGCGGGAUUCCUCCGUCUGAGCACACGGAGCAGCGGGGCCAUCACAGCAGAUGAGCACCAGGGUACAUCUAAAAAGAAUGAAGGGGAGCACCCUGAAUCAGAUCCAAACAAGAAGGACACCAACGUGGACACAGAUAACAAAGAGGCAACAAAUACGGACCAGAGGAAUGUGAAUGAUGAAGAGAUGGUGAAUAAGGACCAGAAGGGCACAGAUGCACGUGGCCCUAGUAGCGCUGGGGAGAAGAAAGAAGGCCAGAAUGGCAGCAGCGAAGGCAACGAGCCAAGUAACCAAGCCAAACAGAGCAGCAGCACUGACAAUCAGCCCAGCAGCCAGAGUGGUGGCAGCACCGGUAAUGAGAACAGCAACACCAAUAGCCAGGGCAGUGACAACAAGGACCAGGACAAUAAGGACCAGAGCAACAGCCAGGAGAGUGGCGGCAACAACACAGACCAGGACAGUACCAACAAGAACCAGACCAACAAACAGGAUGGCAGCACUGAGAACCAGGGCGGCAAUGGUCAGAACGCGGGCAACCAGCAGGAGAGCAGUGACAAGGACCAGGGCAACAAGAAGGAGGGCAACGGCGCGAACCCGGGCCAGAGUGGGGCGGGCAACGGUGGGAACCAGGGCCAGAGUGGGACGAGCAACGGCGUGAGCAAUGGCGGGAACCAGGGCCAGAGUGGGACGAGCAACGGCGUGAGCAAUGGCGGGAACCAGGGCCAGAGUGGGACGAGCAACGGCGUGAGCAAUGGCGGGAACCAGGGCCAGAGUGGGACGAGCAAUGGUGGGAACCAGGGCCAAAGUGAGACGGGCAACAGUGUGAGCAACGGCGGGAACCAGGACCAGAGUGGGGCGGGCAACGGCGGGAACCAGGGCCAGAGUGGGGCGAGCAACGGCAUGAGCAAUGGCGGGAACGAGGGCCAGAGUGGGACGAGCAACGGCGUGAGCAAUGGCGGGAACCAGGGCCAGAGUGGGACGAGCAACGGCGUGAGCAAUGGCGAGAACCAGGGCCAGAGUGGGACGAGCAACGGCGUGAGCAAUGGCGGGAACCAGGGCCAGAGUGGGACGAGCAACGGCGUGAGCAAUGGCGGGAACCAGGGCCAGAGUGGGGCGAGCAACGGCGUGAGCCAGGGCAACAACCAGGGUAAUGAAGUGGACUCACAGGGAGAUAAAACCGAAUCACAACAAUCAACUUCCUCCACUGCUGAUGGUGAUGCUGCUUCAGACAAUGAAGAAAGCCCCAGAGAGGAAGAGGAUGAGGCUAAAGAUGGUAGUGAUGCCUCCUCUGUUAAUAAGGAGAGAGAAAAGAGCGUUCCUGCUUCCCCCAGGGACCAGUCGGAGAGCAGCCACUUCUUCGCCUAUCUGGUGACCACAGCUAUUAUCGUUGCUGCCUUAUACGUCGCGUAUCACAACAAACGUAAGAUCAUCGCUUUUGCUCUGGAAGGAAAAAGAUCGAAAAGUGGUCGACGGCCCAAAUCUGGCGAUUAUCAGAGACUGGAUCAAAAGAUAUAGAUUCUUCCUCAGAUGUUCAGCGGAAUAAUGACGGCCAGCGAUGAAAAUGCAGGAACACUGGGACGCCCCCCCACUCCCCUGCUGUAGCACUCUGAGUUCUGGCUGUGUGCUGUGUUCAGGUUUCAGACAACAGGAAAAAGGGGAAACGCUUUUAGUUUUGCACCUGCACCUUGGUAAUGUUAAACUUCUCACUUCCUCAAAACGCGUUUCUCCUUUCUCAACUGCCUGAAGAUGAACUGGUUUUCUGCUUGGGUAUCUGGCUUCUAGCCUGUGACCCAGGAAAAGCUGGUACCCAGCACUUGACAGAACUUUUGUGUCCAAAUGAAAUGGAAUUUGCCACCUACUGUACUGACGUCCCCUCUUAGGGGGGGGGAAAAAAAUUAAUAUAUAUAUAUAUAUAUCCGCCUGCAAAAUGAGCCAUCUGACUCUUCCCCUUCCAGAGUCAUAGAGCUGCCUUUGUAACCAGCACAGUCUUGCUUGAGACACAGACAUUCCCCUCUUCUGUCCAUUGUGUUUAGAUGCUAAAGUUUGGAGCGUGACUGAUUGCACUAGUUUGGAAACGAUCUGCCAAGGACUCUGAUUUGAUUUGAUUUUUUUCCUCUGUCUGUGAUGAAGAGAAUGUUAGAGUUUAACAUUUAGUUUCACUCUUUUGUGCACAUCUUUGGAAAUGCUGGAGCAGCCUUUAGCCCUUGGGUUGUAGCUUAAACUUCCUCACCCGCAUCCCGUGCUCUGCGUGGGUCUUUUCCCUCGUGGUUCCUAGAGUUCAGACGUUUGCACUAAAGGUGACAGCGCAGUUUGCCGUGAAGGAGGGCAGGGUAGGCUUAGAAAGCUUCGUGCCGAAUUGCCGCGGUGUAGUUGUAGCAGACUUCACCUUGGAAGGUUGCUUUCCUCCCCCUUGUAAAAUGCAGUUUUGUGGUAAUGUGAAAUGUGUGGUAACCCUGAAGCGCUAGGGAUGAAUGAAACUUGCAGUCAUUCACACCUCUUCCUCAAAAAUGUGGUAUUGAGGCUCUGGAGUGUUCAGCAAGCCUCCGUAAGUUGUAGAGCUCUGUGUGGCAGAGCGCUCGGCGUUGGCUUUGGCUGGAGAAGUGCUGCUUUCUUGCCUGGUCGAGAGGUGACGUGGCUGCUUGUCCCCUGGGUUGCGCAAGCCUUGGCAGUGCCGCUCCUGCCGAGCGCCUCUCACCUUGGGAAACCGUUGUAGCCUGCGGUGCAGGCACCAUCCUUUCUGCCUGUGAGUCACCAUGGGUUGUCUGCUCCCUGAGGUCACCUCCUGAGCAGGUGACUGAUGUGUGGAAGGGCUUAUUGUACUGCCAGCGUGGCCUUUCCUGCUCUUCUGCAGCUCUGCCUGCCCCAGCUUUGAGAAGUUUUGUGUAGCUGAGUGGUGUAACCAGCUGCUUGUCGCUGAGCACUUAAACUAUGGCCUGGGGCACGCGCUGGUUAUGCUUAAGGCUGCAAAAUGUGUUGAUUGUGAGUUUUUUAUUUUUGUAGUUCUACUCCAAAGAUGUUUGUUUGAGACAGGACAUUUCUGGAGAGGACACGAAGUGCCUGCCCGAUAUGCUUUUGUUUUUUCCAGUAUGGGCAGAAAAAUAUUGGUAUGAGGCAUCUAGAGCUCUUCACGUGGGUACCCAUCUACGCCCAAAGCUCCUGCCAGCCGUACGUGAGUCACCCUCUCCGUGCACUUGCUGACUGACUGCACAGGAAGAAUCCUGGCUGGGUUAACUUCCCUCCAGCUGGCCACAAAAGCAACUCGUGGGAUGAGGCCAGUCUUUUUCCGGCCUUCCUGAGGUUGUGAACAAUUGGUAGUCUGCCCUGUGGUUGCUAAAGAUAGUCACAUUUGACAAGGGCAAAGACGUUUCCUUGUCUGGACGUGAAAGCUAUAGCUGUAUUGGUGGGGUUUAAGAGGUGAGAAGGGGCUUGACCCUCUCCUAAAAGAAGAAAUUUUUUUUUUUUUUUCUUCUUCUGCCUGUUAGCAAGCACAAAGAGCAGGAGAAAGUCCCUCUUUUGCUUUAAAUAGCUUUCCAGGUUUCCGUAGUAAACUUUUCUGAUGCUGAAAGUGCUUGCAGAAGCUAUUCUGGAGAAUGAGAGUGUGAGGUGGAGGGAAGAGAAAGGAAAACAAGUCUGGGAACGUAACCCU